UAUAAUAUUUUCGCUUAGUAAUUCAUUCAAUAGUAUUUUCUAGUUAGAAUUAGAAGUGUUUAAAGUAUAUUCAUUGCAUGUAAAAUAUAUCGGCAUGCGAUGACGUCACAUCCGGUUUCGCCGCGUCUUGUGGGAAAACACCGGUUUUGAAAUUAGCGCGAGGGUGGGGGCUUUCCACGAGGCUCACCUGAGCACAAGCAGUUUUGCAGGCAUGAGAAAUCACAGUGAGAGCAACGCUGUAAGUUAAUAGAUAAUCGAUAUAUUGAACUAAGAUAUUAAUGCUGAUCCUGUUAGAGGUAACGUCGGUAGAUAAUGUUUAUGCUUUCGUUAGUUAAAGAGUCGCGGAUAGUUUGCAUGGAAGUGUAUUUAAAGUAGUCAAUGGAGCAGGUAAACUCUCCCUGUAUACUGCACCUUAGUGUAAUGUAGUUAUAGUCACCUUUGCAAGUAUUUACACUUGAAAUGUGAUAUUAAGGAAGGAACAAAUACUGUAUCAAUCUUGUAUUGUUUUAUCAACAGUUUUCACCAUAUGUUAAUGUGAAGAGUGAACAGUAAAUGGUUAAUCUUACUGCGAUCUGGUUCUUAUUAACUGUGGUUUAUCCGGACGUUAAAUUCGGCGUUUCGUUACACCCGAAGGAGAACGUGACAGUGAAAAAGCGGCAUUAUCAGGUGUUUCAAGUGCUGCAAUGUCAGCUCAAUCCAGCAUCAAGUCGACGCCGCCCAGCGACAAGGGCAGUAAACCGACAUCAAGUAAGCCCACCCAGGCGUUAUCAGGUGUUCCAUGUGCUGCAAUGUCAGCUCGAUCCGGGAUCAAGUCGAUGGCGCCCAGCGACAAGGGCAGUAGAACGACAUCAAGUAAGUCCACACAGGCAAGAGCCAAGGCAGAAGCCGCCAAGGUGCGACUGCAUUACGCCAAACAAGAGGCAGUUUUGAAAAUGAAACUGGCCACCAAAGAAGCCGAAAGGGCCGCCAGACAAAGAGAAGAGGCUGCCAGAGAAGCCGAAAUCCAGAAAGAAAGGGCUGCCAGAGAAGCCGAAAUCCAGAAAGAAGAGGCUGCCAGACAAAGAGAACAGGCCGCCAGAGAAGCCGAAACCCAGUUGGAAAUGACAAAAAUAUCGACAGAGUUGCAUGUGCUGCAGCUAGAAGGAGAAGGAGAAGCUGCCAGGGUGGAAGCAGAGUACAUAGAAGAAUCUGAAGGGUCGCGUGAUCUGACCGCAGCAAGAUCUACUUUAGAAAGGACCAGACUGGAACGCACAAGCGACUAUGUACAAUCUCAAAUAGACAGGCAGGCUCGUCUCCCCUCUCCAUACGUAUUCGAUAACUUCCCCAGCUACGAGGAACCUCAGAGAGUCACGAUUGCAUCACAUCCAUACGAGGAAGGAAAUUUACCCUCACGGCUCCGUGACGAAGUCAAGAAUGAAAGAACCGACGACGCUCCUUCACCCCCACAACAGGACGGCGGGGAGGGAGAGGUUCACUCCAGGACAACAAUUGUCAGCUCGAACUGUACAGAAGUUUGCGGUCAAACUCAGUCAAGCCGUUCUUGUUCCGAGAUCUGCCUCACUGAGGUGUACCCUAAAGAAGCACAACAAGACAUUACCAAGCGUAAAGUAACCGACGAGACGCUAGGUCAGUCAGUUUUCAUUCAAACCGAGGAUGACAACAAACUUGCACAAUCAGCUCAAGAUACCAUUUCUUUAAAAACCAAAGACACCAAGGUCUUCAGAGAUGAAGCAAAUAAUGGGGUUGCCCCAUUGCCAAUCAGAGAACCACGCCAGCGCUCACCAGAUAACAAAGAGCAGGCAGUCAAACGGUUCACGUCCUUACGGAAAACCCGGAAAAGGAAACCUGAGAUGCAGCAACACACCCUAUUGGCCCACGAGGUACUGUGCACCCUAAUGGCAGAGGUCACAGCCAUUAUAAACGCACAAUCAUUCCUACCUGUGUCUUCUGACCCAGAAAACCCCUUUAUACUUUCGCCAUCAACGCUCCUUACGCAGAAGGCAGGAGCACCUCCUCCACCAGGAGACUUCUCAGACAAGGAUUUGUACACAAAGCAAUGGAGACAAGUCCAGGCUCUGGCAAAUCAGUUCUGGCCUCGCUGGAGACAAAAAUAUCUACCUUUGUUGCAACAGAGACAAAAGUGGACAGAACCCCGAAGGAAUCUUCAAGUUGAAGACUUAGUCCUGCUCAGGGACAAGCAAGUCGCUCGCAACAGCUGGCCAACGGCCAGAAUCACUGCUACAUUCCCUAGCGGGGAUGGACAUGUCAGGAAGAUCGAAUUGAAGACUACCGACCAAGGCGAUGUGAAAAUUUACCAAGGGCCAGUUACAGAAGUUAUUCUACUUCUACCCAAUGACUGAUUAAGAGACUAAGUUUUGUACUCUGCUCAUUGUGACCUUACGAAGGUCAAGCGGGGAGUGUGCUGUCUUUACGACAGUUAUUUAGUUUAUAAUAUUUUCGCUUAGUAAUUCAUUCAAUAGUAUUUUCUAGUUAGAAUUAGAAGUGUUUAAAGUAUAUUCAUUGCAUGUAAAAUAUAUCGGCAUGCGAUGACGUCACAUCCGGUUUCGCCGCGUCUUGUGGGAAAACACCGGUUUUGAAAUUAGCGCGAGGGUGGGGGCUUUCCACGAGGCUCACCUGAGCACAAGCAGUUUUGCAGGCAUGAGAAAUCACAGUGAGAGCAACGCUGUAAGUUAAUAGAUAAUCGAUAUAUUGAACUAAGAUAUUAAUGCUGAUCCUGUUAGAGGUAACGUCGGUAGAUAAUGUUUAUGCUUUCGUUAGUUAAAGAGUCGCGGAUAGUUUGCAUGGAAGUGUAUUUAAAGUAGUCAAUGGAGCAGGUAAACUCUCCCUGUAUACUGCACCUUAGUGUAAUGUAGUUAUAGUCACCUUUGCAAGUAUUUACACUUGAAAUGUGAUAUUAAGGAAGGAACAAAUACUGUAUCAAUCUUGUAUUGUUUUAUCAACAGUUUUCACCAUAUGUUAAUGUGAAGAGUGAACAGUAAAUGGUUAAUCUUACUGCGAUCUGGUUCUUAUUAACUGUGGUUUAUCCGGACGUUAAAUUCGGCGUUUCGUUACACCCGAAGGAGAACGUGACAAUAGAAUUAACUCUCAGAUGAGUCUCUGUCAUUGGUAGUCUAUGAAUAGGACAACAGUUGCUCUGUACGGCAGAACAGUAUUGAUCACAGCCAUAAUCAAACAACACAGCUACUUUCAGCAGAUCACAGUGGAUUGUGCAGUCAGAUUCAGAACUAAUGUAUUCGUGAUAUAAGUUCAAAUAUAUUUAUCACAAUUUAACAGAGCAACCAAUGCAUGUAAUGAUAACCAAACAUACUUUAUUUGGUCAGGAUUCUAUAAUCUCCGACAAUUUUUUCUCACCAGCUUUAGAAAUGAGCUUCAUGUUCUGUUUAUUAACAGAUAACGAUCUUGAGGAGCAGCAAAACAAUUCCUGUAAAUCCCAUGUAUGCGUACUUGUGAGAGAAAGAGAGGGAGAGAAAGGUAAGGAAAGAGAUAGAGAGGGAGCGAGAAAGAUAAGAACUAGCGAGAGAAGUAGAGGGAGGAGGAGGAGAGAGUGAAGGAGGAGAAAAGGGAGAGAGAAGUGAGAGAAAAGAGAGAGAAAUACAAAGAGAUAGAAGGAAAGAGAGGAGAGAUGAGGAGAGAGAGAGAGAGAAAAGACAGAAGGAGAGAGAAAAGAGAGACGGGAGGGGAGGGGGUCAUCGAGAACUGAGGGAAGGCUGGAGGAGACGUAGAGAGCGGAGGGAGAAGGGGAGAAAAGGAAGAAAAGAGAAAGAAGAGAAAAAAAAUAAAAAAUAAACAAACAAGCAAAUAAUCAAAACAAUAAAUAAAUACUCAUAUAAAUAGAUAGUUAAAUAGAUAAGAGUUCAAUGAUCUCUUCUGCCCUGUGUAUAAAUGAGAGCAACAAAUACGAGGUGCAUUGGCAGUGAGGAGAUGUGGAGAAUAGGACCCUUGAAGGUCAAAAUGGAUAUCCACCUUUGGAGCCACAAGAGAAUGGGCAAGAAUUUUAAUGAAUAUUUCCCUACAGAUUUUACUGUGGAGAAGAUCGUGGAAGCUAAUAAAAUGAAGCAAGUAAGUUGUGAUACCUCGGACAAGGCAUGGAUAAGCAGAAUAUGACCAAAUGAAUCCUUGGACUUUUCUGGGAAUGCAGAGAAGAAAUUGCAGAGGCCCUUGAAGAAGUAAUUGCAUUAUCAUCAGCCGCAUGUGGAUCUCUGGAGAUCGGAGGAUGGCAAGUGUUGCACUGUUAUUUAAGAACAGUAACCAAUAGAAGUCAUAAACUACAGGCCUGCAACCCUGUUAUCAGUUGUGAAGAGGAUUCUAACUGACAGAAUAUUUCAGCAUUUGGAUAGACAAGGACUGAUCUGGCUCUAUACAAAGGAAGUCAUGUUUCACACAUUCAUUAAAAAUUAUUUGAAGAGAAACCUUGCUUCCUCAACACUACGUACCUGAUGAAGGGUCUUGGCCCGAAACGUUGGCUACUCUUUUCUCAUGGAUGCUGCCUGACCUGCUGAGUUCUUCCAGCGUUGUGUGCGUAUUCUUUGAUCCACAGCAUCUGCAGUUGUAUUUUUGUGUUUUUAAUCAACACUAGUUACCCCUCCACCUAUCUUCAAAUCAUUCACAAACUUGGCCACACUGCAGUUAAAAUCUUCAUCCAAAUAUUGACAUACAGCAUGAGAAGAAGCAGUCCCAACAUUGAUCCCUGCAUUAUCCCUAAAGUCACCAGCAGCCAUCCAGAAAAGAUCUGCUUUAUUCCCACUGUUUGUCUCCUGCCAGUCAACCAAUCUUCUAUUCAUGCUCGUACCUUUUGCAUAAUAUCAUGGGCUCUUAUUUUGUUAAGGAGGCUCGUGUGCAGCACAUUGUUAAAGACCUUCUGAAAUUCCAAAUAAACUGUCUCCAUUGACUCUCCUUUGUCUAUCCUGUCUGUUAUUUACUUUAAAAAUUCCAACAGAUUUGUCCGGCAAGAUUUCCUCUUCAGGAAACUAUGCUGACUUUGGCCUAUUUUAUCAUGUGCCUACAAGUACCCCAAAACAUCAUCCUUCAAGAUAGACACCAACAUCUUUCCAACCACUGAGUCAGGCUAAAUGACCUAAAGCUUCCUUUCUUCUGCCUUUCUCCAUUCUGAAAGACUGGAGUGGUAUUUCCAGUUUUCCAGUUUUCAGGAUUCAAAUGAUUCUUGAAAGAUCAUUUCUAGUACCUUCGCAAUCUCUUAAGUUAUGUCUUUUAGAACCCUGAGGUAUAGCUCAUCUGGUAUAUGUGACUUAUCUAACAAUACACUUUUCAGCUUCCCAAACACCUUCUCCAUACUAAUAGGAAUGACACUGAUUUCUGCUCCAGAUACUCCUGCAUUUCCGGCAUUCUGCCAGUGUCUUCUACUGUGACAACUGAUGUAAAAUAUUUAUGAAGCUCUCCGCCAUUUCUUUGUCCCCCAUCACUAACUCUUCAUCAUUAUAUUCCAGUAGUCCAAUGUUUGUCUCUCUUUUAUUCCUUAUAUACUGUAUCUGAAGAAAAGCAUUUUUUCCAUCUUUUAUAUUAUUAGCUAGCCUUCUUUCAUAUCUCAUCCUUUCUCUCAAUCAUCCAACUUCACAUUUGCUUUUGCUUUAUUAUAUGCCCUUUCCAUUGCUUUCAUGCAGUACUUAACUUGUGAUGUCAGGACAGUUGCCUAGCCAAUUGAGAACAACUACUUCUGUGGGGCAUAUCUAUCCUGCUCUUUAUGAACUAUUCCCAGAAAUUUCUGCCACCUCUGUUCUGCAGUCUCCCCAUCAGUAUUCCCCCUCCAAUCCACCUGGGCAAUCUCCUCUCUCACGCUCAUUUAUUGCAUUGCAAUACUGAUACAUGUGACUUAUGCCUCUCUCAGACUAUGGUAUGAAUUUUAAUAUGAUCACUACCUUCUCAGGGUUCCUUUCCAUUAAGUUCCCGAAUAAAAUCUGGGUUAUUACACAACACCCAAUCUACGAUAUCCUUUCCCUAAGUAUACUUAAGCAGCAGCUGCUUGAAAAAAACAUUUCAUAGGCAUUCAACAAUUCCUUCUCUUGUGACCCUGAUGAAGGGAAAGGUAAACUUGGGUAGAGAGAUAGGUAGAUGGGGGAAUGGAUUAAGGGGUAUGAUUAGCUUAUGAACAAUUAUCUUAUAUGUGCCUUAUGUUACUGAGCAGUCAGAAAUAAACUCUACCCGGCAACAGGUGACACACUAGGCUUUGUUCUCAAAAAGCACUAAGCAUAACUAAAUAUGGGUAUAGAAUGAUUGAAGGGGCAUCUCAAGGCAUAACUAAAUAUGGGACAGAACGUCCGAGAGAAGGGGGAAGUGUCAGGGGGAGGUGCCAAUAUGAUGAACUUAGAUUGUAUCCAGGCUACUCUUGGCAGAAAUAACUAUAACUAGCAUGUCAUGAUUUUACACCUCAUUGUAUCUUAGCAUGUGAUCAAAACCACUCUAAAACUGUAUUAACUCAUGUAAUUAUAAUAUUUCCUGUAAUGAUCAAUGUAAUAAAUUGUGUGGAAUUGUGUUCUGGGGAGAGCAAUGUCCAGACUAUCUCUUUGGGAGAUCAGUCUGUA